CACCUCUGUCUGGCCACUGGUAUCAGCAGUCUCAUAGCUAAUCCGUCACUCCACCACUGCAGCGGCUCAGGAAGCUGCACUGAGCAUGCUCGCUGCAGAUGCAGCCUGUAGAUGGAGCAAAGUGAAGAGGAGGAGAAAAAGGAGGAGAGAACGGCAGAGAGGGAGUCACACAGGGCUGGGAUGCUGCUGCAGCUCUGAGAACAAGGGAAGAUUUGUGACUGAAGGCACAGAUGGAGUGUGAAAGGGGAAUACAAAUGACUGGGAGGUCAGAUUUUCAUCAUCAUCAAAGAGGAGAAGAUAUGUGAUAAGGGACUCUUGGGCGGCGUAGAGAUGUACGCCUUCUACUCCCUUUUAGUCUACAUCUUCUACACUGUCUUUAAGAAGGAGGAAGAGGAGGAUGCCUUGGAGGGGGCGUGUGGAUCUUCCUCAGACGAUCCAGGAGCUGUUUCCAUGGGAACAGGGAGCAGGAGAAGACAUGGCCACACCUCCAAAAUGGGGAAAAAGGCUUGUGUUCAUCUUAGUGAAUCCAGCAGUAGCAGUGACAGUGAGGAAGUGUCUCUGAGUGAUGAAGGUGAAGAAAAUGGCCCAGAUAUACCAGCAUGCACUCCUCUGGCAGCUUUUCUGUCCUUCAAGCAGGAGGCAGAGAAGAGGAGGGCCUCACAGGUUCAGAUAGAACCAACAGGAAAGUUGACAGACUCUCCCCUGGUGGCAGUGAUGUCCCACUUGCUGAGUUUUCUGGAGCAGUACUCCCACUUCCAGCAGCUGCAGCAGCAGGCCGACCAGUACCGGGUCCAGCUGAAGAGGCACCGCGUCCAGCACCGACGCCAGAUGAAAGCCCUGCGAGCAUCCUACCGCCAGCGCCUCAGGGACAAAAACAGCAUCAUCAGCAGCCUGGAGGACGCCGUCAGCCAGACCCCCAGCCCACUGAGCGAGGGCGAGUGCAGCAGUGACGCAGGGACACAAGCUGGCGUUCACAGGCUGGUGGAGUCUCUGUACGGUCUGCAGGGUGAGAGGAGUAAACUGAGAGGAGAACUCCGUCUGCUGCACUCCCAGCUGGAGCAGAAGGAGAAGGACAGACACUCGCGUAUACAGGCCUUUCAACAGCAGAUUGAUGAGCUCAAGAGUGGCAUAGAGGAGCGUGAGGAGGAGCUGUCACGGCUGAGAACAGCCACCGGGGCUACAGACUCGGAGAAGCGUGUUCUGUGUCUGUCAGCAGAGAACGAGAGUCUGAAGCAGAGCCUGACGGUGACCCAGGGCCUCCUGCAGCAGCUGUCCACCAUCCCCUCCCAGUCCAGCACCAUGCUCCUCAAGGAGAAUGAAAACCUCCGCAGCAGAGUGCAGCAGCUGGAGAUGUCACUGCAGCAGCGUGGGGAGCAGCUGUCACAACUGGAGCGACAGAGCGAACAAAGCGAGUGGAGGAGAGGAGAGGAGCUGAGGAAACGAGAGGACAGAGUGAGGGACCUUCAGCUGGAGCUGGACAGAGAGAGAGGAAAGGAGCCGGUGGUGAAGUAUGUCACACAGACUGUGGAGGUGGAAUCACCGGCCACAUUAAAGCAGCUGACCAAAGCCAGACAGAGGAACGAACUGCUGUCUGAUAAACUGUCCAAUCAGAAUGAGCGGUGCAAGCAGCUGGAGGAACACAUCAGGAAGUCUGAUGAAUACAGCUGUAACCUGCAGCACAAGAUUGCAGCGUAUGAGCGAGAAAUCAGUAAACUGAGAGAGGAGCUGCUGAAAGAGAUCGGACACUUGGAGGAGAGGAAGGAGGAAGCUGUGAAGGCUGCAGCCACCUGCUCAGCAGAACACUUUCAGAACCUCCAGGACCAAUUCUUCAGCUUGCAGAAGCGUUUGACCGCUCUCCCUCCAACUCUACGCUCCAUGAAAACAGACUACACCAGUCUGAGGAGCCAGGUUAGAAACUUCUCAGACUUUUACGGAGCAGCUAUCAGCGACGCAAAAAAACAGAUUUCAGCAGCUAUCAGUGAGAUGUCUGAAGCCAACAAAGAUCUCCUAGAGAAAUACAGGAAGGAGGUGGCGCUGCGCAGGAAGUACCACGAGCAGCUGGUGGAACUUAAAGGCAACAUCCGCGUGCUGUGUCGUGUGAAGCCGGUGCUGAAGGAGGACCAGCACGAGGAGGGCCAGUCUGUGGUGGUGACCACAGACCCCAACAACGAGUCCUCACUCAAUGUGCUCAACAAAGGAAAGGGACGCAUCUUUGAACUGGACAAGGUCUUCCACCCUCAGGCCACACAGGAAGAGGUCUUUCAGGAGAUUGAGCCUCUUGUGACGUCCUGCAUCGAUGGCUACCAUGUCUGCAUAUUUGCCUAUGGACAGACUGGCUCUGGAAAAACCUACACCAUGGAGGGCAGUGUGGAGAACCCAGGCAUCAACCAGCGAGCCCUGAAACAUCUCUUCAGUGAGAUCGAGGAGAGGAAGGACAUGUGGUCCUACACGGUCACAGUCAGCUCUGUGGAGAUCUACAACGAGGUGCUAAGAGACCUGCUGAGUAAGGACGGAGAGAAACUGGACAUUAAGAUCAACCCGGACGGAACAGGGCAGCUCCAUGUGCCGGGCCUCAGGGUCAUCGAAGUGAAAAGCUUUCAGCACAUAAAGAAGAUUUUAUCCAUGGCCCGAAGAAAUAGGAUCACGUUUGGCACUCAGAUGAACCAGCACAGCUCCCGCUCCCAUGCUCUCCUCUGCAUCACCGUUCAGGGCACCGACCUCGCCACCGGCUCCAAAACUACCGGCAAGUUGAACCUGGUGGACCUGGCUGGCUCAGAGAGAGUCUGGAAGUCUGGUGCCGAGGGCGAGAGGCUGAAAGAAGCCCAGAAUAUUAACCGCUCCCUGCUGUCGCUGGGGGACGUAAUCCAGGCGCUGAGAGCGCGGCAGACUCAUAUCCCCUUCAGGAACUCUCGCCUUACCUACUUAUUACAAGACUCCCUGGGCAAAGGCAGCAAAACUGUCAUGGUGGUGCAGGUGUCUGCUCUGGAGAGUAAUGUGGGUGAGACGUUGUGCUCACUGAAGUUUGCCCAGAGGGUUUGCAAGGUGGAACUGGGUCCUGCAGCCAGGAAGAUUGAAUCUGGUGGAGGACAGUGUGACUGACAGCUUUUGCAUCAGCCACUUCCUCUGAUCACCAGGAAGCCAUGAAUGCACCAGUCAAAUUAUCACCCAACCAACAAACCAACUGCAACCAACAGCAAUCCUGCUCAAGGGCUAAAUCUGUGGAGGUCUGUGUGGCACCCAAAUGCCAACCUUUUGAGGUUCGGUAUUAAAGGCCUCCUCUCUGCCAUUUUCUGCUUCUGACAAGUGAUAACUAAUUAUCAUUAGCUAAUCUGCAUGCAGGAGUAUUUAUUCUUCCACUCUGAGUGCCAAAACAACCUCUGAUUCCCCCACAUUGUUAAGAUUUGAUGUUUCCUUGAACUACGAUAUCUUAGUUUCCUUUUAUUAAAUACCAAGAUCCAGGAUUUAUUCAAUCAGUUUUUUCUGGCAGAUCAUCAUAGUAUUUAGAGCGAUUUUCUCCUUUUUUUUGGCCAACAGUGGCUCUUUAGUUAGUAAAGGUUGCCCCCCCCCCCGAUGUAGUAUUUCAAAAUAACGAGAAACCUUUUCAAAAUAAUGACUUGCUUGUCUCAAAAUGAAUUUCACCUCAAAUUAAAAGACGUAAUGUCUCCUUUUCAAAAUAAGGGCUUACCUUGAAAUUGUGACUUAGUAUUGUAAAAUAAUGGCUUUAUCUCAAAAAGUGAGAAACUCUCAAAAUAAUGUGAAGUAUAAUGAUUUACUUGCCUCUAAAUAAUGAUUUAGUAUUGCAAAAAUAAUGACUUUAUCUCAAAAUAAGGUGAAAAUAAUGACCUCUGAACCUCUGAUUCCCCCACAUUGUUAAGAUUUGAUGUUUCCUUGAACUACAAUAUCUUAGUUUCCUUUUAUUAAAUACCAAAAUCCAGGAUUUAUUCAAUCAGUUUUUCUGGCAGAUCACCAUAGUAUUUAGAGCAGCAUCAUGUUCAAACAGGUUCUACAAGCUUCCAGAGCAACGAUAUCAACACUCUUUUUACAGUAAUAAUCAUCUUGCUAUAAAUGUCUGUGGUUUGUGAGCUUCGUCUACAUUUUUGAAGAUUGUAGUGUGUAGGGGAAUCUGUUUUGUAGUCAAAGUAUGGGCUAUUAAUCAUUUCAAUGACACUUGAGUCACAUAUUAAUGUAGUUUUUUUGUGAGCUUCAGAAGAGCAGUGACUGAAUGCGUUGUGUUUCUCUUAAAGAGCCUUGAUCAUUUGAGAAAAGAGGUUUGCUGUUGAAGGGAGCAGGUGGCCUUGUAUUAAGAGUGGCAGUAUAAUGAACUGUGCAAUAUCCUCCUAAUGGAGGAGACAGUUUGGGAAGAAGCACUUUAUUGUGAAAGACGAGGACCAUUUCAGUUCAGAACAGGUAUUUAGGUGCUUGCAAUAGAUCUCACUAGUGAAUGUUUUACCAAAAAGCGCUUAUUGUUAUCUGUUCAUCAUUGUUCCUCUAUUUAUCACCCACUGGAUCAAACCGAACUUGAUUCAAUAGUAGCAAAACAUUAAUGUUGCAGUAAGUUUCAUGAGUGCAUAGGAGUCACUUGAUGAUGACUAGAGAGUGAGAAUUUUCUGAAUAAAUAUGAUGUAUUUAAAAA